AUGACCGAGUCCUGCUUCUGUGGGGCCAAGUUCGAAAUAAUCAAGAGGCAUUAUGGUUUGUCUGAGGAAGAUUUCACAAAACAUGUUCAAAAGCUUUACGAAUGGCUUAUUACUCAACCCCACCUUCCUCAUGAUGUCGAUUAUAUUACUCUGCAAAAGUUUGUGGUCAAUGCAAAGUUCUUACAAGAUAAAGCAGAAAAGAAGUUGGAUGCAUAUUUUACUGUAAGGAGGCUUGUACCAUACGUUUUCUCAAACAGAGAUCCUUUCUGUCCUGAGAUCAAACAGUGUAACGCCUGCAUAUAUUUAGGAUUUCUGCCAGGUUUGACUAAAUCUGGCGCGAGGUGCAUCAUAAUUCGUCUAAGGGACACCAAUCCAGAGAAUUUCAAUUUCAUUUCCUUCCUAAGAAGAUGGUACUUCCUCAUGGACAUAUGGCUGCGGGAAGACAACUUCGUCCAUAAGAUCAAUAUUAUCGUGGAUUCCGCUGAGAGCACCGUACGCCAUAUGGUCAAAAUAUCUCCCAAAAAAGUGAAAGAAAGCUCAGUAUGCUAUCAGAAUGUCUACCCCAUCGGGUUGGAAAGUGUAGUAUUUUUAAAUGCAUGUCCAUUGGUAAAAGUUGUGCUUGAAAAAGUGCUGAAACCCAUGUUGAAGGAAAAAAUAUCCAGAAAGUUCUUUGUCUAUGCCGACUCUGAAGCAAACUUUAUCAAAGGUAUGACUAAAUCCAUGCUUCCGAAAGAAUAUGGUGGGGAUGGCCCAACGCUUGAAGAAUUAAACGAUAGAUGGAUAGCCGAAAUGAACAGAAACAGAGAAUGGCUUAUGGGCCAAGGCAGCAUUCUUCCUGAUGAGACCAAACGUAAAAAAGAUGAUACGUCUGGGUCUAGCGGAUGCAUCCUGAUGUAG